AAUUGUUGAUAAGUGAGAUGUACGUCAUACCCAUUCUAACGUCACUUACGUCGUGACGUAAUUUGAUUUUCUGACGUAACUUGUCAUAGAAACGACGUUCCGCAACAUUAGAUAUCAACACAUCACGUGAAUUAUGAACAGAUUAUCAAGAAACGAUUACAAAGCUCACUCAAGAAUGGACAAAAUUUGUUCAUCAAAAAGGGCAAGGUCUAUAUGUGGCACACAUAGAGGACACGAUUCCCAAAGAAAAUUGACAAAUCGCAGAAAAAUUGAGGAUAAGACCUCACAGAAGAAAAGGCGAAGUAAGAGCGCUUUACCACCACAAAGUCAGAGGAAGUCAAUGCCACAAAAACAUGGUCAAGAUAGACAGCGCAAAAGACGCAUAACUGGACAUAUUAGUUCUAGAGCUGAAAGAAGAAAUGACUUUGCGUUUGAGUUGAAGAUGUACCUAGACGAUCAUUAUGACUACAUGCAACAUAUAAACAGAAAUGUUGCAGAAAAUCCCAAAGAACUCGCUUCUCAACAAAAGAAUACAAAAAUGUCAGAUGUUUUAUCUCUGAGAAAGUCAAAUUUUAAAAGGGACAAUCGAGAAGCAGACGACUUUCAGUGCCACCCCACCAAACAGCAGACGUCAGAUAGCCAAACAAUGAAAUCAUCUCAACAUGGCGACAAGAGCAUUACAGAUAUCUGCCCAAAGUCAGAAGCUUAUACUAAUAACACUCGUCAAAUCAGUGAGAAGUUACUCCAAGAUGAUUUAAGAAACAAGUUGACAGGCAAGAAGAAAACAAAGGAAGGAUUUUUCACAAGCGCCUAUCGCACUUUUCUCGCUUGUUUUGGGGUUAGAAAAUGAAAUCAGAAAAUGAUAAUGUACCUAUUUUGUGUUUUAAUUAUAUGAUUUAUUUUGUUGAACGUAUAUUAAACUUAUUCGUUUUCCAAAUUGUCUUGAGU